AGUACGAGAUAUGUCAACAUAUCAGGGUAGCCCUUACUGACAUAUUUAUAGACAACAUUUCGAUCAGGGUCGUCCUAUAUCUAGGCCUAGCAGCUAAACCCACACACAUAUUUAUUAUCUAGAGUGGAACGCCAACAUGUCUACCGACUCUAAGAAUGUAGACUUGGUUCGGACCGAUUUGAGGGGAUACGCACCAGCUUCUAACCUUGCCUUCAAUGAGGAAAUCAGGAAAUUGAUUGAACAGGGAGAGAAGGUUUAUCAUUUCGCUUUUGGACAGUCGCCAUUUCCAUUGAUAGAGAUAGCAACAGAAGCUCUGAAGGAAAAUGCUCAACAAAACGCCUAUCUUCCCGUUGCAGGAUUAUAUGAACUGCGUGACGGUAUUAGCAAAUUCCAUGUGAAGUAUGAUGGCAUUGACGUUGAUCCCGACAACAUAAUUGUUGGCCCUGGGAGCAAGGAGCUGAUAUUUCUUCUCCUUCAGAUAUUUAAUGGAGAUGUGAUUGUAAUUUCGCCAUCGUGGACGACCUAUAAACCGCAGACAAAGCUGGCCCAUCACAAAGCCUAUGUAAUUGAGACCAACAUAGAAAAUGACUGGAAAAUCACACCAGCGCUUGUUCAUCAGUUGAUGAAAAAUAACACGUUGAAGAAGAACCGACUGUUGAUCUUCAAUAACCCAGACAAUCCAACUGGAACCGGUUAUAAUCAGACAGAACUGAAAGCACUCAGUGAGGUUUUCCGUGAAUACAACAUUCUGGUGUUGAGUGAUGAGAUCUAUGGCCGUUUGCAUUAUGACCAGGCACAUGUUUCUAUGACAAAGGUUUACCCAGAGGGUACAGUAUUAUGUACAGGGAUGUCAAAAUGGGCCAGCGCUGGAGGAUGGCGGAUUGGUUACCAUAUAUAUCCACCACAGUUAUCUCCCCUGAUGAGAGCGGUCCUGGGUGCUGCCAGUCAUACCUACUCCUGUGCAUCGGCCCCCGUGCAGUUUGCAGUAUCCAAGAUGCUAAAGGACCUUGAUGGCUGUGAUAGGUACAUGAAGCAUUGUUCCCGAAUCAUGGGAAUGGUGGGAAGAUACUCCCAUAGAGAGCUGACCUCAGUAGGGGUGAAAGCGGUAGAACCAACAGCCGGCUAUUACAUUUUCCCUGAUUUUGGUGUCGUAAAAUACAAGCUGAUGCAGCGUGGGAUUGAAACAUGCCAGCAAAUGUGUGACGCCAUCUUUGCUGAAACAUGCGUAGCGCUGAUGGCAGGCGGACCUGCGUUUUUACGCCCGGUCGGAGAACUGACCACUCGUCUAUGUUUCGUUCCAUUUGAUGGUAGGUCUGCUCUUGAAGCCAGCCUGGCUAUUGGAUUGGACGUUGCAUUACCUGAGAAUUUUGUCAAAGAGUACUGCACACCUGUGUACGAUGGCAUACAGAUCUUGAAGCAGUGGGUAACAAAACAACUUGAAUCCUAAAUCUAGAGUAGGCAGUCAAUAUCUCUGACCGGAUAAUAAUGAAGGAAAAUGACACUUAAUUUAUCCAGAUCGCCCUUGACUUGGCGUUCACAUAUAAUUUCAACAUAUCGUAAUACAUGUAGAAAGUUGUUUUUAUACUGAAAAUGGAACAGAUAUUUCACUGGGUUUUCUAUUUUAAAUUGCAAUGUCUUGUGAACAUUAAGAUUUAAUGUUGAUCAGAUCACUGGUAAAAUAGGUGAGAAAAUGGAUGAGUUAUUAAACGAGUGAGAGCUUGUGGACAUGCCGUGAGUGCAUGAUAAGACGAGUGAGAGUUUGGUCACGUGCCGUGAGUGUUUGAGUAUACUAUGAGAUUGUGUGCGUGUGCAACCGGUGAAUAUUUGAGAACACGUGUGAGACUUUGUGCGCGUGUUGCCGUGAGUAUUUCGUUACACGAUA